AUUGAGGUCAGUAAUGCCUGACAAGCUGCGGCUGAAGAUGAACAAGCACUUUUUUUUUUCGUCUCCUCAAGGCAGCCUCUCCCAGAGGAACGGGAGGUCCCAUCAAUCGCGUUUCUUCUCCCAGGGCUAGUUCCUUUACUUAAGGAGGUUCACUAUCUCAGUGGGACGAUGUCGGGACCCGGGGUGGGGAGCUAAGAGGCUUUCUGCGAAGAACAGUUUAGAACUAAUCUGACCCUUGACUGGGCUCAAGAAGGUUUGGGUUCUUGGAAGGGCCAGGCCGCCAGCUUGCUUAUAAUCAGGUCAUCGCUGUCACUGAAAGCAGCAGGACAUCUGUCGGCUGGUAGUCCUGCAAGGGGGGGGGGUCUCCUCUCCCAGCCCUCACUCUGGACAUCCCCAUCCUGCAGUCAGAGCCGUCCCCCUCUCCCUCAGCCCCAUUCAUCCCUACUCUGCCCAACUGAAGCCUAGGAGGCGACGCCAUCGCGAGCCCAUCUCCUGGCCUCCCCCAGAGCCCUCUCUGAAAUCAUAAAGACUGUUUCCAAGCUGACUCACACCGCUAAUGUCAGGGAGUCGCGUCACACUGCGCUGGGCCCUGCAAGCUGUUGCUUGCGCGGCUGGCGGCCGCGGCUUUCCGCCGGGUCCCGGGGUCCGCUCGGUAGCCCAGCUGCCUCCCUGGGAGGGGCGGGGUUUGGGCGGACCACGCCCCCUCCUUCUCUCUCUGCCUGUAGGCCUGCCUCUCUCCCUCCCCAGCGGACCGCAAUGAUUUAGAAGUUCAGGAAUCCCACGUGACGUCACCAGGGGGGGUGAUGUAAUGCGCUCUAAAUAGACUGUAUUGUAAUCUUCUCUCAGUCCAACGUGGUUCCUUCACCCAGGCUCCGCUCUUCCCUUCUCUACACUUGUUUGAUUUAUGAGGAAUCCAAGAUGAACUUGGAGCAGGAAAGGCCAUUCGUCUGCAGCGCUCCAGGCUGCUCACAGCGCUUCCCGACCGAGGAUCAUCUGAUGAUUCAUAGACACAAGCAUGAAAUGACUUUGAAGUUUCCCUCAAUAAAAACAGACAGUUUGUUAUCAGAUCAGACCCCGACUCCCACUAGAUUCCUGAAGAACUGCGAGGAGGUGGGCCUCUUCAAUGACAUUGACUGCUCCCUUGAGCACGAGUUUCGGAAGGCCCAGGAGGAAGAGACCAGUAAAAGGGCUAUCCCAAUGCACAAUGCAGUUGGCGGAGCGAUGCCAGGGCCUCAUCAGCUGGGCACCACGCGGAUGCCCAACCAUGACACCAGCGUUGUGAUUCAACAGGCCAUGCCCUCCCCUCAGUCCAGCUCUGUGAUCACGCAAGCUCCUUCCACAAACCGUCAGAUCGGGCCUGUCCCAGGCUCUCUAUCGUCACUACUGCACCUUCACAACAGACAAAGACAGCCCAUGCCAGCCUCUAUGCCCGGGACCCUGCCGAACCCUACCAUGCCCGGCUCUUCAGCAGUCCUGAUGCCGAUGGAGAGGCAGAUGUCCGUAAACUCCAACAUCAUGGGGAUGCAAGGCCCGAACCUCAGUAAUCCCUGUGCAUCUCCCCAGGUGCAGCCAAUGCAUUCAGAGGCCAAGAUGAGGCUGAAGGCAGCUCUGACUCACCACCCUGCGGCCAUGUCCAAUGGAAACAUGAACAGCAUGGGACAUAUGAUGGAAAUGAUGGGCUCUCGCCAGGACCAGGCACCGCACCAUCACCUGCACUCACACCCGCAUCAGCACCAGACGCUGCCACCCCAUCACCCGUACCCACACCAGCACCAGCAUCAGCACCCUGCCCACCACCCUCAUCCGCAAGCCCAUCACCAGCAGAACCACCCGCAUCAUCACUCCCACCUCCAUGCACACCCGGCACACCACCAGACCUCGCCACACCCUCCCCUGCACACGGGCGGCCAAGCACAGGUUUCACCAGCGACACAGCAGAUGCAGCCCACCCAGACGAUACAGCCGCCCCAGCCAGCUGGGGGGCGUCGGCGAAGGGUGGUGGACGAGGACCCAGACGAGAGGCGGAGGAAGUUUCUGGAAAGGAACCGGGCUGCUGCCACCCGCUGUAGACAGAAGAGGAAGGUCUGGGUGAUGUCAUUGGAAAAAAAAGCGGAAGAACUCACCCAGACAAACAUGCAGCUUCAGAAUGAAGUUUCCAUGUUGAAAAAUGAGGUAGCCCAGCUGAAACAGUUGCUGUUAACACAUAAAGACUGCCCAAUAACUGCCAUGCAGAAAGAGUCCCAAGGCUAUCUAAGUCCCGAGAGCAGCCCUCCGGCCAGCCCUGUCCCGGCUUGCUCCCAGCAGCAGGUCAUUCAACACAAUACCAUCACUACUUCCUCAUCGGUCAGCGAGGUCGUCGGAAGCUCCACUCUCAGCCAGCUCGCCUCUCACAGAACAGACCUGAACCCCAUCCUUUAAGACUCCUGGCUACCCCCCCGUUGCUUCAGAGACAAGCAGUGUCAGCCUCCUCGACAGCAUCCUUUUUCCGCUAAGGGCAUUUUUAGAAUUAACCCAAACCUGGAAAACUCCUCAAGCCCUUCCAAGACUGGCUUUCAUUCAUUUUUAUAGUUAUUAUUGAAACGUGUCUUUUAUACUUAGUUAUAAAAAAAAAGGGAGUUAUGCAAUUAAUAUGUAUCUGCUUGGGAAACACUUUGGUGCUUUCUUCGACUUUCUGGUACCAGUUAUUCAUUGAUAAAAUGACCUCUUUCUGUACAUAGCCGUGGCUUCAGUCUAACCCCAAGGCCUCAGAUCAAGAAAGUAGGUCAACUCCAACAGUGGGCCCAAUGGAAUAAUCCACUGAAAUUCCUACCGAGGUAACUGGGGGGUACAUCUGGGGGAAAGCAUCAUAGCCAACAUGGAAGAGUUGGCCUUGUGACAUCCCCAGAUUCCUAAGGUAUAUGUAGAAUCUUUUCACGGCUGCUGUUGUUGUUGGUUUUUUUUUUCUUUUUUCUUUUAAAAAAUUAUAUAAUACAUGGAUGUCUGAACAAAGCGAAUAAAAUAAAACUGACAAAAAAAUUCUCUCUAACAUGUCUACCCCUCUUCUUUCUUUUCAUUCCCUUGGCUUGAACUUUCUCAUUUUCUCCCUAGCAAAUUUACCCUUUGUCCUUCCCUGUCUCACCAAUGACAUUUCUCCUUUCCUCUACAUCCCCUUUUUUCUCAUUUCCACCUACUUGUCCUCCCUUCCCCACCCCCCUUUUCUCCCCUCUAUGAGUGAAAAAGAAAAAAAAAAGUUGUUUUUAAAACAACACACUUCUCAGAACGAUUGGCUAGCCCUGGCUUUCAAUAGCCCUUCACCCACAGCUGGGGUUCAUUUAAGCUCUCGGUUUUUACAAAAUAGAAACCAGGAGAUGUUUCGUGUGCCUGAUUUAAUGUUUUUAAUAAACAGAGCAAGUUAGAGGCAGCCUCGCCACAGGUGAAAUGCUAUUGACAGGCAGCUGUGGGGACAUUGGGAAAGGGAGCUUUGUUCAAGCCUGUAUUGUGAGUUAAUGCCCGAUACGGGUAAUAACAUCACAACCUUGAAUUACGACGGGUUUUAUAUGGCCCGUCUGUAACAUUGAAAAUCCAUGUACUAUAUAAUAAUUCAGAGGGGCUCUAUUCACUACGCACGUUAUGUCGUUCCAUCAUCGACUGCUAAUAGCCUGAGAUUUAUUUUUCGUUUUAAGCCUGUGAAACCAGCUUCACCAUCCUAAUGGGCAAAGGAAGAAUAGCGUUAAGUCCUGGACAAAAACAGUGUUUCCACAGGUGCUUUUCUUACCCUCCCAUCACAUGGAAAGUAGCCUUUGGCUCAAGGCAGUUUUACCAGGAGAACGGCAAAGAAGGUUCUCGGCUGAACCCAAAAUGAUUUUUCCAUUUCUUAUCUUGACGAUUUGUGUGAAUGGACCUUUCGAUGCUGCCCAAGAAUUGAGGCGGGUCUCAUUGAAAUGGGCUACUCAGUGGCGCUAACUGGUGACAAUGCUUUUUCAAUAGGUGUUGUGCUUCAUCUCCAUUUUUUGGGAGGAGGUCUGUGAGUUUGUUAGCUUCUAAAGAUCAGCACUAUAGUUUUUCUCAAAAGUUCCCCAAAUGAUGAAUGUGGGUUUUCCCUUCCUUUUCCUUACUUUCUCUCUCUCUCAGAGUGAAUAGAGCCUCUUUGGAAGAAAAAAAGAAAAGUAUGAGGGUCACACAUCAUGAUUUUAAAGACAGUUUGUGUACUACACUUAAACUCUUUAUUGAUAUUUUUCCCGACAACUCUUGCCAUGUAUGCAACUGCUUUCAGAAGGUUUUGAGUGUACCAUGUAACUCAUGACUUGAUUAUAUAGUCUAAGAACCAAAAAAAAAAAAUUAAGAAAAAAAUAAAUGUAAAGGAUUUUAUUAUAUUUUAGACAAACAUAUAAUUUUAAAGUAUUUUAAAUACUGAAUCUAUAGUUCAUUUUUUAAAAAUGCUCCAGAGGUAACAACUGGAUGGGUUUGCUUGAUUUUUACCUCCCAAGGUAGUGCUCAAAGGACUAGUUUUGAAAGAAACAUGUCAUUUGUAUCUUAGCUUUGAAAAGAGGAGGUAUUUUCCAUCAAAAAUUCUUUUCUAGGACUUUACCAUCUGUCCUAAAAGUGGGGAGGGAAGGUCGGAGGGGGAGAUGGGCUACUGCAGUGUUCAUUUUAUGAUUUUUUUUUUGAUAAUUUUUUUUUUCAAAGGGGGAGACACACAAGUAAAACAAAACUUUUCUCCUUUUCCUGUCUAUAUAGUUCUUAACGAAACAGCCUUCUAAAACUGUACUGCUGAUGUCAGAAAGCCCAGGGAGUGACGUGUCACUAAAUCAAGGUUGGGUUUUCCUUUUUGUUCAGCCUCUUAAUUGAUAUUUUUCACCGUUAAGCUGAAAGCCUCUGACGGUUAAGAACUUGCCUCAGUUUUUCUUAAUUCAGCAACGUGACAGCCUGACUGAUGGGCAUUCUAUAUAGCUCAAUUACGUCUGUUUUUUAUGCUAAGCAGGCCAAGCCAACCCCACGGUAGCAAAGCAGCCUAAACGUAUAAUUAGAAUAAACUGUCUUCUUUCCAGACCAAGGGCCUUUAGGUGUAUUCAUUAGCAAUGGGGAAAUACAGGCAAUAAAAGAUGUCAGGGGACUUGUCAGGACUUCUGGAGAUGCUGAACAGAAUGGAUGGCUCCCUGGCCAAACCUAAUGCUGGGCAGAGUGAUAUGGACCAAGCUGGCUACUGAGCACCUCAAGUAAAACAUCAUGGAAUACUUUUCCUUUCCUAAAACAGUCCCUGCCCUCUAAGUCUUUCUGUUCAGUGUGUCUCAACACAUAGGGCGAUGAUGUUCUCCUCUCUUCGUUGAGUCUCUAGCCCCCCUCCCUCCUAUUCCUUUUGAAAGCCAUCUCAUCCGUGAAGUAAAUCUCAUUUUCCCAAGAGCUCCUCCUGACUAGAGGCCAAGAGAAAGAGUUUACAAAACUGCUUUUCUUCAUCCAAAUGUAGUUUAUUCAUUAGCAACAGCAUCUCUGUUCAAGAUCCCUGCCAGGCUACCUGGGAACUUUGACAGGGCCUCCCAUGCCUUAUUUGAUGGGCACUAACAGCAACACAGUUAAGUAUACCUGAUGGUGUGUCUGUCAGGGGGAGCCUCGUGCCAGCCGAGGCAGCCACAACUUCAUUGCUUCGUGAAACAUUUCUCAACAUCCAAGGCCCAAACAGGCAGGGUGGAAAUCCCAGCCCCUGUUGAUUGCCAUAAUUAUCAAGCUUUGUGUUGUAAGCCCUGUGUUUUUUGCUGGUCCUCCCACUUAGCAUUCCCCCACUGCCCAAGCCAAUUUAUGCAAGCCACAGUCAUAACACUGCCAGUGAGAGACAAGUGGUUGGUAUGCUUUCUUGGCAUGUUUUAUAAGGAUGAGAAUGAUUUAAAGAGGAGUGGAUAUUCCUAGGAGCUUAUCCGUGCAAUGCAACUAAAUGCAGCCCAUAUUAGGAGUGGGGGCAAGUUAAUGGGAGAUGGUCAGGUAGUGAUCUGCCCAUUACUUAUAUGAAUUUUAGUAUAGUAGCAGAGCUUGUCAUUAAUAUCAUAAACCAGCUUUUUUUGAGGGGGGGCAGGAAAUUCAUGUUUUUAAGCAACUAUAACUGCCGUUAAAAUAACCUUUCAGCUAGGAUAGAAUGUGCUUCUUUGUGGUUUCGUGUCAAACUUUCUCAACUAUAUCCAUUGAAUUAUGAAGUCAAGUUUGAGGACCAAAGCAACAUUUGAACAGGAAAUUUUUCAUUUAGAAUUUUAUAACAUAUUUAUUAAUAAAUGUUAUUUUUAAAACAUUCCAUCUGAGCAGUAUUCUUGUGGAGGCUGUAUUCAUUUUUGGAAGUUAAAGUGUUAGUUUAGAGUAAGCCCAGCUGUGCGAUAUCCCCAUUUUUUUCAGGGUCUCAAAUGGCUAUUCGCCAUCUCUAGAUGAAAAAGUUUGCUUAGGUGGAUGCUUAAAGUUUUGGGGGGCUUCAUUGUUCUGAGAGUUUCUGAAAUCUGCUUCUGAGCACUGAGAAACAAAGAUGGCAACUAUUUCCUUUUUUUUAUUUUAAAAGGAGCCCUUUUAUUUGAGUCAGCCAAGUUCAGCUAAAGGGGAAUCCUUAUUAUAACUGGAAAUGCUUUCUUUAGCCAUCCGCCAUGUCUCACUAAUGUCUCAGCUUUCUUAUGUUGAAUUCCUCCAGUGACUGCCAUUCCCCUACCCUACCCAAUGCUGUAGACUUCUGAAGCCCCAUUGGGCCCCCAUAAGAGAAGGGGAGGGAAAUGGCAAUUAAAGAUUGGGAUAGAACCCUGCCUAUCAGGAAAGUUGGGACUCGGAGUCUCUUUUCUACUUUUCACCUUAUUUAUAUUUUUAAAUUGCACUUUAGUGUCUUUGUUCCUUUUCUACUUUUCUUGCCCCUACUCCCAACUUUUCUGUCCCCAGUCCUCUCCUCUGGCCCUCCUUUACCUGUCUGUCUCUAGGCCUACUUCCCUGUUUUCCUUCCUCUGCUUCUUUUCCAUGACUCCAUGCAAACCCACUUCUCCCACUGGCUCAGACAUUGGCUCUGGUGAUUUUGACGUGCUAGCAUCUCCCGGUGGUUACUAAGCCUUGUUCAGUCUCCCAGCAGCCCAUGAUGAAGACUGCGAAGAGAAGAGAAUGCUAAGGAGAAAACCAGCCAGUGCUAAUAUGUGAAACGUGGGCAGUAGAGCCUCAGCUAGACUUUCAAAGUUCCCUUGUUCCUCCUGAGAACCAAAGUGUCCUGAAUGGGUAAGGGGCUGGAUCGUUCGAGGUAUGGCAGAUGCACUUUAGCUAGUUUCCGACCUAAUGUAGCAAUGAGGCCACUGAGAUUCCGGUGGCUGGAGAUAGUGUACUCUAAGUCCCUAGAAGGCUCUUCUGCCUUCUUACCUCCUGAGGGGCAGCAACCCCUGCCUUAAGGCUCUGCCCCAAGGACAAGCAAAUGCAAAAGCAAUAAUAUUUCUAGUGAAUUCAAAUACCAAAAAAAAAAAGCCCCCUAAUCCCCAAAUUAAAAUUCCCCAACUCUAUCAGUGCAUAGUCAUUGUAAAGCUGGAAAUGGAUCUCUUUCUAAAAUCUCUUUUUAUUUUUUUGCUUUGGGGGGGUGGGAAGAAGGGAGGGGAUGGUUUCCAGUGACCAUUGCUAAAAUUGUUUUGAGCGUUUCUGGGUUUUUUUGUUUUGUUUUUGUUUUUGUUUUAAUUUCAUGAAUUUUCUUUGGGAAACAUGUUUUUUCACCAGGUCAGAAGAAGAGAGGCCCAACUCCUGAUCUCGAGUUCAAAGAUGGACUCAUUCAGGGGUCGGUGGUUAUCUUGUCAGACUUGGGACAGGUUUCCAGAAUUACGAUUAGACCCAGUUCUGAUAUCUGGCAUGUUAGAAAUCAAUCUCUUGAUGUCUUUUCCUACACCAACCUCACUUUUCCUAGAUUAAGCUCUAUAUUACAAGCUUCCUUUUCUUUUGUAAAAGAGUUUUGGACUCAGGGUGCUUACUGAGAAGGCGGAGCCCAGAAGACUUAGUGUAAAUAUCCCUUGGAAAUGGUGGUGCACCCCACACCCUCUCACAUUCUGGCUUCCCCAUUGAGAAUCUCAACCCUACACAUGUGACUAGAGGUGGUCAAAGGAAGGGGAGCAUUGGGAGAAGAGGGCUUUCUCCUUGCGUCUCCGGUACAGUGCCUUGCACAUAGUGUGAAAUGCAUUCAAGUGGAAGUGAUCACGGCAGAAGAAAUGCUCCAGCCCAUUGGAAUGACUCCAUCAGCUUCGUCUCUUCUCUGCUACCUGGGUACCACUAAACCCAUCUCUGCCUCAUGAAGAUGCUUCUAAAGAGCGGAUGGGCUGCCUCUGAGGAGCAUCUUAGAGGGCAGAGAGUCUCUUUAGAGAGGUUAGAGCCUAAGGGAUGGAACUUCAAAGGUUUGAAGGUCCCCACCCCCAAAGCCCUGAACGUGACUGUUCUGGGAUUAGCAAGAUGGACCACAGAGACCUAUUUUUUUUUUUUUGAACUGGGUGAAGUGAGCAUUCGGAGGUCCCUCCAAAAGGUGCUGUCACUCUGAGUUAUGGGUUUGGGGCCGUUUGUAAUUGUCAACAGCAAAAAUGUCCAUGUUUGUUUGUCUCUUUGUUUAAUGAUGUAAAGCAACCACCUUCCUUCCUGGGAGGAGAGAACGUUCUGGUACAUACAUGUAAAUACUCGCUGCCACCUUUGAUAGGUUUAACUUUAUGUUAAGCUUUUUUGUUGUUUUUAUUGCUAUUCCUGCAUCGGGAACUCAUGUAUUGUUACAAGUGGACAAUGGGUUCAUGGAGACUGUUCGACUCGGUCAGAUUUUUACAUCUCUUUCUAUUGAGAAGAGACGAGAUUUUGUGCGUUUGUACAAAUGUUAAUAAUAUCACUGCAAUUCCAAUAUAAUAAAGCCUUCAAGUGCAAAGAA